GAUCUCUCUUUACCUUGAAUUAUUUCCCUUGUGUUGCUGCAUGCGCCAUGGAUAUCAUUUUCUCUCUACUCGCCUUCAUUCUAUCAUCCUUCAUCUUCUUCUUCUUUUCCAGAAAAUCAAACUCCAAAAACCUUAAUCUGCCGCCUGGUCCUCCAUGUUUACCCUUUUUCGGUAAUCUUCUUCAGGUUACCCGAUCUGGGAAACCUUUCUUUGAGUACGUGAGAGAGCUGUUACCCAAGUAUGGACCCAUUUUCACUCUCAAAAUGGGGACACGAACUAUGAUCAUCAUCAGCAGUGCGGAUCUUGCUCACCAGGCUCUAAUCGAGAAUGGUCAGAAAUUUGCGAGUCGGCCUAAAGAGAACCCGACCCGAAUCAUAUUCAGCUGUAACAAGUUCACUGUCAAUUCGGCUCUGUACGGAUCCGUUUGGCGGUCGUUGAGGAAGAAUUUGGUGCAGGGAAUGCUUAGCACUAGCAGGCUGAGGGAGUUCCAGAACGUGAGGAACUCAGCUAUGGAUAAAUUCAUCUCGCGGUUGCGAUCUGAAUCAGAUUCUAAUCAGGGGUUGGUUUGGGUUCUUAAAAACGCUCGAUUCGCCGUGUUCUGCAUACUUCUAUCAAUGUGUUUCGGUCUGGAUUUGGAAGAAGAAACUAUAGAGGCUGUGGAUCAGUUGAUGAAGACAGUUUUGAUCACUCUGGACCCGAGAAUAGACGAUUUCAUGCCAAUCCUUAGUCCACUUUUCUCCAAGCAGAAAAAGAAAGCCAUGGAGGUACGUGAGGUGCAAAUUCAGACUCUACUUCCACUAAUCGAGAAACGCCGAGCAUUGAUUAAGAAUGACAAUAUCAAUACCAAUGACGUCGCCCGCUUCUCCUACCUGGACAGCCUCUUCGAUUUCAAGAUCGAAGGGAAAAAAGAACUCACAACGCCUGAAAUGGUAACCCUCUGUUCAGAAUUCCUAAACGGCGGGACGGACACCACCGCCACCGCAAUGGAAUGGGCCGUAGCCAGACUAAUCGAAAACCCAAGCAUUCAGUCCAAACUCUACGAGGAAAUCAAAUCCACAGUCGGGGAUAGAAAGUUAGAGGAAAGUGACGUAGAAAAGAUGAGUUACCUAAACGCAUUCGUAAAAGAACUUCUACGGAAGCACCCGCCAACUUACUUCUCGCUGACUCAUGCAGUGACCGAGCCGGCGAAGUUAGCCGGAUACGACAUACCCAUUAACGCCAACGUGGAAUUCUACUUGCCGGGGAUAUCGGAGGAUCCUAAGCUAUGGUCGAAACCGGAAAAGUUCGAUCCGGAAAGGUUCUUGAGCGGCGGCGAGGAUGCUGACAUUACUGGAGUCACCGGAGUGAAGAUGAUGCCGUUUGGAGUAGGGAGGAGGAUUUGCCCGGGACUGGGAAUGGCGAUGGUGCAUGUGAAUCUAAUGCUGGGGCGCCUGGUGCAAGAAUUUGAGUGGUUGGAGGAUUCGAAAGUGGAUUUUGGUGAGAAAUUGGAAUUUACUGUUGUUAUGAAGAAUACGCUUAGGGCAAGGAUCAGUCCUAGGGCAUGAACAGCUUCAUGCGUACUUCACUACGUACUACUGCUACUGAUGGUUUGGAAUUAGAAUGCUGCUGCCGUACGAUAUAUUAUUAUUCAUAGUAUUAUUUAAUAAUGUCUUUUAAAAUGUACCGUCUUUUUUUUUUUUUUUCUCUCUUGAGUAGUUGGAGGAUUCUGGAUUUUGGUGAGAAAUUGGGAUUUACUGUUGUU